UUAUAACGAGUCCCUCCUGUUUUCAUUGAGUUUGACCUGACUUGAAUUGAAAUGGCUGAUCCAGCGCUCCACCUAACCCAACCCAUCAAAGAAAUCGCCAUAGACUACACUCCAGAAGCUUGCACACAUUGUGCUGACACAAACUCCAUCACUCUCACCUACGACCACCGUGGAGGUGCCAGGUGGCGCUCCACCACUCGCUUCCUUUAUGGCACCUUCAGCUCCCUCAUCCAAUGCCCCAAAGGCAACACAAGCGGUCUCAAUUUCAACAUCUAUCUCUCCUCCUUAGAAGGUGACAAAUCUCAAGAUGAGAUCGACUUUGAAUUCCUUGGCAAGGACAAAACCAUCGUACAAACUAAUUAUUACACCACAGGGACUGGGAACAGAGAGGAGAUUUAUGAUCUGGGUUUUGAUUGUUCUGAUAGGUUUCACGAGUAUGUGAUCAAGUGGGGUCCAGAUUUGAUCGAGUGGUUGAUUGAUGGAAAGGUAGUGAGAAGAGCAGAGAGAAAAGAAGGUGAAGGGUUCCCAAACAAACCCAUGUUUUUGUACGCUUCAGUUUGGGAUGCUAGCUAUAUUGAUGAGGGAAGGUGGACUGGACCGUACGUGGGAUCUGAUGCACCUUAUGUUUGUCUCUAUAAAGACAUUCAUGUGCCUGUUGGAUCUGCUGUCAACUGUUCUUGUGAUUCUUGAUUUGGUGAGUCGGGGUUGUUUCAAUUCAACGUCUGUUAAGAUUUUGUUUGUUCUGCAAUUUUCUUCUUUGAAUUGCAAUGUCAUUUGAACGUUUGGGAUUUCAUGGAUUUGGUUAUGUUUGUUGCUAGCAAAAUGUAUCAAGCUAUUUCAAUCUGUUGUAACAAAUUAUCUGUUUCAAUAAUCUGAUUUACUUUCAUUUUUA